CUCAUCUUUUUUAGGUAUUCAUUGCAUUUUUUUAUUUUGGUCUUUGUCUGUUAUGUAAUCAUGGUGAAGGCUGGAGUUGACAGCAUACACAGGUUUUCACUGGUAGCUGCAAUGGGAUACCUAUUAAUCUGUCAAAUAAGCAGAGUGUACAUAUUUGAUUAUGGACUAUUGUCUACCGAUUUUUCAGGGCCAUUGAUGAUUAUAACGCAAAAGAUUACUGCCCUUGCCUAUCAGGUGCAUGAUGGAAUUGGGCGGAAAGCUGAAGAACUUACCCCAGACCAGCGUCGGUUAUCUGUAAAGGAGAAGCCUUCACUAAUAGAAUAUUUAAGCUAUCAUCUUAAUUUCCUGAGCAUCUUGGCUGGACCAUUCAGUAACUACAAAGACUACAUUUCUUUUAUAGAAGGAAAUGACAUAAGUAUGAAAUUAUUAGAGAUUCAGACAAAACAAAAACAGUAUGAAAGGUUGACCAUUCCUUCUCCUACGGGACCUGUUAUACGUAAAUUAGUAAUCUGUGGUGUGUCAGUAUUUUUAUUUCUUACUCUUGGCAAAUCCUCCUCUGUUGCUCACAUGCUGAAUGAGCAGUCCAUGAGCAAGGCAUCGUUAUCACGGCUCUGUUGUUCCUAUAUUGCAAUACAAGCUAGAAAACCAAAGUACUACUUUGCUUGGACAAUAGCAGAUGCAGUCCACAAUGCUGCAGGAUAUGGAUUCAGUGGCAUAGAUGACAAAGGAAACUUCCGCUGGGACCUUGUUUCAAACUUGAACAUUUGGAAUAUUGAGACUGCAACAAGCUUUAAAAUGUACAUUGACAACUGGAAUAUUCAGACAGCAGGCUGGUUAAAACGAAUAUGCUAUGACCGAGCACCAUACUACCCUACAGCUUUAACCUUUGUGCUUUCUGCUGUUUGGCAUGGAGUAUAUCCAGGAUAUUAUUUCACAUUUAUUACAGCAAUUCCAAUUACUAUGGCCGCUAGAGCAGUUCGAAACAAUGUAAGGCAUCAUUUUCUUGUCUCCCAGAUGAUGAAAACAAUGUAUGAUAUAAUGACAUGGGUAUUCACUCAGUUUGCUGUUAGUUAUACUGUUAUACCCUUUGUCCUUCUGGCGACGGAGCCAACUAUAAUGUACUACAAGUACAUGUAUUUUCAUUUUCACAUCAUAAGUAUUCUUGUAUUAAUUCUUUUACCAAUAAAAAAAAAAUCCACAUAGUAUUCAAUACCACAAUUUUCAUAUCCACGUUAAAGAGAAAUACAGGACAAGAAGAAUACAGUGAAAGGAGCCAUGUCUCAUCAUUUAAGCAGGAACUCAUGGAUGCCUUAUGGAUUUGGAGAAACACUUUAACUGUUUACAUGAUUGGAAUAGUCAAUAAAUUUAAUUGCAACAUAUGGUGCAGAAAAAUAAGUACUUAUAAUUUGGAGUAUGAUUGCAGAUAUUAAAGUGUCCUCUGAAGGUGUGAUCUUCUGCCUAGAAUAACUACUUGAUACCAUUUGUUGGAACUGCCAGUACAGUGUGAUCCCCACAGUUUACUUAAGUUAGAACUAAUAUGAUACACAUUAUAUAUGAGAAAUAAAUACUAAUAAUGGAACAGGAAUUAGAACAAGAACUAACUACAAGGGUAAAGACAAAAACACAGGACUAUGAGACAUUCAAAGGAGAAUCCCUAAAAUGUUAGAGAACAAUAUCAAAAACUGCACUCUGGUUAAGUUUUGACAGUUGGUAUAUAUUAAGCACUAUGCUCAAAAGAGACUCAAACUCCCCAAAGUCUUCAACCACUUCCUACUUUAACAUAGAUAUGACCACCGCACCUAGGAUAUCCUCAGCUUCACUAGUAUUUUUCUUACAUAAUUUUAUCAGACAGUCUUGUAGGUGCCACCUUUUUAGACUUCUGGUAUUUCUCUUUCACAUCUAGGGACCUUCAUCAUAACAGAACAUUAAAGGUCACUUUCUUUAUCUUGAUUGCUUUUCUCACUAUUACCUUUCAGGUACAAAACACUGCAAUUAAUUGUUAUAGAUAGAUAGAUAGAUAGAUAGAUAGAUACACUGUAGAUAGAUAGAUACAAUCCCAAGGGGAAAUUCACAUAA